UUUUAACAAAUCAAAUAAAUAUAUAACACUCGUAAUAGUCUCAAUAAAUAGAAGGUAUGGAUAUGGCUGAUGAACGUUGCGUCUUUUGUUUAGAUAAGAAAUCUCACCCUAAAUUUAUUAGAUGCGGUCAUGCAUUUUGUCGAAAAUGCAUUAUAAAGUAUAUCAGACAUGCAAAUCAACAUGGUUAUAGAAAGAGAUGUCCAAUUUGCCGUCGGCGAUUUUGGUUUUUGCAAAAAUCACCAAAGACACGAAGAGUAAAUGGUAGUGUAACCCAUGCUAUGAAUAUCCAGAUUCAUAUUCGUAUUAGCAGUUGAAUACAAUUGAUGAUACCAGAACUGCAAUAAACAUAUCUAGAAUGUAAGCAAGGGUACGCAAGAAAAACUUUAAACUCUGUCAUCAUCAGUUCUUAUAGUCUCUAGUCUAGCCUUACUUUACUGUUACUUAUGAUGUUACAUUUAUUGGUUCUUGGCUUAUAAUAUUAUGGACGCUUAUUCCACACAUUUGUUUUUGUUACUUACAUUUUAUUUA